UCGACUUGGCUAAAAUGAUUAGUUCCCACGAAGAAGAACUAUGCCGUGGUUUGAUUGGAUGGCUCGGAAAUUGUUUCAGACAUGGCCGAAACAGCAGGAGAGGGAGCGAAAGGAGGACCAUUUUUUCACAAAGAGAGAAUAAAAUACAGCCCCGAGGAAGAGGCCAGACUGGAAAGGCAGCAUUUCUGGAGAAUAAUCGAUGCUUUUAGAUUUUACAGGGUCCAUGUUGGGGAGCAGGUCAAGCGUGCUGAGCGUCAGUUUCUGAGCCUGCCGCAGCGCCACCAGGAUUUGCUGCCAAAUGUCUUGUCCAACCUCUCUCGGAUCAGCCAGUGUGCGGACCACAACCAGGAGUUACUACAGGCCAUUGUUCAUAACAGCCUCCACAUGUUUGAGAACAUCGAAUAUGGCGAGAGGGAAAAUUCGCAGAAAGUGCGCCCAUCCACCACGUUUGACAUGGACAAGCUGAAGUCCACCAUAAAGCAGUUUGUUAGAGACUGGAGCGAGGUGGGCCGGGCUGAGAGGGAUUCAUGCUACCAGCCCAUCAUCCAUGAGAUUCAAAGACUCUUCCCAAGUGACAAAUAUGAUGUGUCUAAGGUGAGUGUGCUGGUCCCGGGUGCUGGGCUCGGCCGUCUAGCCUGGGAGAUCGCUCGGCUGGGUUAUAUCUGCCAGGGCAACGAAUGGAGCUUCUUCAUGCUCUUCUCUUCAAACUUUGUUCUGAAUAGGUGUGAACAGGUGAACUCUCUGACAGUGUAUCCCUGGAUCCACCAGUACAGCAACAACAAGAAAUCCUCUGACCAAACGCGACCAGUUAGAUUUCCUGAUGUCAACCCUCAGAGCUUACCACUAGAUGCAGACUUCUCCAUGGUAGCAGGGGACUUUGUGGAAGUUUACUCUGAUCCAGAAUCCUGGGACUGCGUGGCUACCUGCUUCUUCAUUGAUACAGCUCAUAAUGUCAUAGAGUAUGUUGAGACUAUCUGGAAGAUUCUGAAGCCCGGUGGAGUGUGGAUCAACCUGGGUCCACUGUUAUACCACUUUGAGAACAUGGCCAAUGAGCUUUCAGUUGAACUGAGCUAUGAAGACAUUCGGACAGCGAUUGUCAAGUCUGGCUUCCACAUAGAGAUGGAGAAACAGUCGGUCCAGACCACCUACACGGAGAACGACCACUCGAUGUUGAGAUACAUUUAUGACUGUGUCUUCUUUGUGGCACGAAAACCCGCGGAUGUGCACUUUAACUGUCAAGAUGAUGACCAACAACACAUUUCUCCACCGGCUGCUAAAUCACCACGGCGAGAAGGCACUGACAGCCUUACGUGACAAAACUGGUGAACUCAGGACUAUAUGAAGAUUAAACUGACGAAAAGAAAAUGGACACUGGAGAGAAAAAAUCAGUGGACGUGAAUUUUCUUUUUGCCAUAUAUAUUUUUAUCAUGCAUCUCAUAGAGAAACGUGCCCUGUUUUGUUUUCUUGGACAGGCUGAGCACUAAACUCAAACCGUAGAAUGUAAUAUGAAAUAUUGCAGCACUUUGUCAUGAAUAUCAUCUGAAAAACAUGUAAGAGUGCACUGCAUAUCUUGAUACUGGGGUUGGGUUGCCAUUACGAGUAUAUUUCUUUUAACUGCUGUCUUAAUAAUUCUCAUUUUUAUUGACUUAAACUGCCGAACAGUUUGUUUCUGAAACAAAUUUGAUUUUGAAUUCUAUUUAUUUUUUUCAAAUAUGCUGCCAACAACUCUCUGUUCAGUUUUCCAUUUCUCAUCAGUCAAAACUGAAAAUGUAAUCACAACAUGUUUCUGCUUUUACAGUUACAGGUGACUUUCAACAACUUUUUGUUUUUCUAAUCACACUUUGGAAUAAAGCCACAUUUUAAAAAUGUUAA